UACUGGUCAAAUCGACAAGAUGGUUAAAGGGAAAUAUUAUCAACGGUUUAGUACAGACCCAUUGUUGUUGUUCUGUUGUGCAGGCCGGGUGGGGGUUGGGAAGUUAAUACCUUUUCUAGCAGGAAAAACUGCCUACUUUCUAUACGUUUUCCCCUUCAAACUGAUCGUCGUGUGUCAAUGUAAACGUUGUCGAUGGCCAAUGUAAAUGUUUAUUUGUAACUCGUUUGGAAAUUCAGGAGGUGUCGUAUCGGAGACAAUGAUUUAUGGCCAGCAGGUUCCUUUUAAACGUGCACAGGAUUUAUAUCUUCUCAAACUACAAAGCGAAUGGGUUCCCAUUUGGUGUUUUUGGUCAAGUCGACCAACUUAAAACAUCGCGUAGUUUGUCUUUUCAUUUACAUUUUUUCUAUUUUCAUGCUUUGAUUCAAACGUCUUCUUUCUUUCGUGGAGAGCUGGAUGUGUUUUGCAUACCGGAUGUGAUUCGUUGAUGUCUCUGGCGAGGCUCCUCUUGCGAAAUUCCCUAAGAAAAUAUUAAGUAAUGACAAAUGACGUGUCGUAUACUUUUGCCCUGCAACACAAACGUCUAUCUCUGAUCUCAUUUUUUAGUGUGUGUGUGUGUGUGUGUGUGUGUGUGUGUGUGUGUGUGUGUGUGUGUGUGUGUGUGUGUGUGUGUGUGUGUGUGUGUGUGUGUGUGUGUGUGUGUGUGUGUGUGUUUUCACUAAAUCCUGACCUCCCCCCACUACCCCACCUGUCUAUGUCAGAUGACAGAAACGGUAACGUUACUAUGUUUAUGGCUUUGUGAGGCUGUACAUUUGGCAAGAAGCGAAUGUAGGAAGCAAUUGGCCAGGUGUUAUUUCGAGACAGACUACUUAAAUCUACCGUUUGGUUGGCAUUGUAGCAUUUAGGAUCUGUAUUGUACGAAACCUUUCUUUCCAACGGAUUGCUUUUUGAUCUGGCUUUCACAAUCUCCAACGGUUGAACCCCAGGAGAUAAGGAACGCCAAAAUAAAAGGCAACCCGUCGCUAGGUCGUCUAUGAAAACAAGAACAUAGUCUUACUUCUCAACACAAUGAUUGGUGUAGCCGUAUGUUCAACCAUGUUAACCCACCUAUUUUUCUAACGUGUAUAUAGCUACCUACUUCCAUUAUCUAUCAAUAAACAUUAAAUAUGAACAAUGGCAACCAUUUUGUCAACUUAGGUAACGGAGAGCUAAUAAACCUGCAUGGUUGCCAGAUAGAAACCAGACAUUUGUGUCAGCCCCUGCUCUCAUCUGAAGAUGCAAUCGUAUUGUGAUUGACGCAGGCCAGGUAAGCCCCAGUUUCUGGGUGUCUACAAGGAUCAAUUGGAUCAUAGCGAGUCACUGGCAUAAUGUGGUUUGUUUUAUCAGCAGGAGAAGACUACUUUAAAUUAUUAUCAUAACUAACUCCCAUUAUCUAGAUGAGUUCACAUUAUCUGUUUUGGCAUGUUGGGUUUGGACAAGGGAACAAUGACACUUGGAUGACAUAAUCAAUGGUAUUUCUUUUUACUGGGUUAUUAUCUUUCAAAUAAGGAGUUUAGGCUUUGUGCUGUUGAUACUGCCAAACACACACAAUGUUUGGCUGCUUAGCCACGCAGCAGAAUUCGGUCGAAUCCGAGGAAGAUGAUACCCUAUCAGCCAUAUGUUAUGCAUAUAACUUCUACAGGCGUGUGCAUGGUCUAUAUCUGUAGCCUGUCCCUCUGUAGUGGAAAUCCCUCUCUUAAGGGGAGGGUGUUCUCGAGGGACAGCCAGUAGAAGACGUGCACUGCCAUAUUGAACAGGACUUCAAAGAGUGGGCUGACUGACAGGUGUUGGGCUAUACAAUGAUCAAAGCUGGAUCCUUCUGGUUUGACCUGCACCCUGACUAACCAAUAGAUCACAUCUAUUGACCAAAGGGGCCAACACUAGCAUUGUUAGCGGCAUGCUCUACUACUACAUGUUAAGCUACAUAGGGAUCGGCCUGGUACCCCAUAACUGGUACUGGACGAUGUGAUGUUGGAGACUCAAUUGAUAUGCAUGUUCAUUCCCAGUAAGUAUUGCAUUGUGACACCAUUUUUACAGUGUGUGUGUUUGUAUGCAGGCUUAGGCCUAAUACCUAUGGUAACUAUCUACGCUAUGCUGAUACUGCAUUAUAAGCCAGCCUUCUAUCCUUGGGAGGGGGCCGGCAUUAUCUAUCAAAGUGCGAUACCGUCUCUCUCACACACACACACACACCCCAUGAGUAUGACUACCCAGCUGUCCUCUACAACAAGCUCGUUGAUAGAAACAAGUCUUUAUAUGCAGGCUGUAUCUACGGCAUUUGUAGCAUAGCUGCUAUAGACACAAUGGUUGGAAUAAAAAAAAAAAUGCUUCCCAGCUAUUGACACGGUUCCCACCGGACCCUGCCUAAUGUAUGGUGUUGCUAUUCAAGUGGAGGACCCUGGAAGCCAUAGGGGACAUAAGGGAUGUGUCGUAUUAGUCAGCUCUACCAUGGAACAUGGGAGCGCAGGUCCUAUUCUAUACUUGCCUUUAGAAGUUACACUUUAACAAAAGACCUGCUUUUCUGAAUACACAUUUCUGGUCGUUCUGGCGGUUUGUUAAAGAAGGCUGUAGCUUUGUGUCUUUGUAGGCUGUGUUUUUUUUUGCGGGGGUAGUAGAGAUGCAAUGAUUAAGUAAACGAAUUGUGGACAGAUAGCUUUUGUUGCCAUGUUCAACGUGUUUGAACACAAACAUGAUUUAUUUUGAACCUUAAGUUGUCCCUUUUUUAUUUUAAGUUGGAUUCCAUACAUUUUAGGAUCCUUGGAGAAAUCGUAGUUCUCCUUUUUAAUAUACAUUUUGAAUCGUUAUUUCUUCUGGGAAGGGGUAUAAUAUAUGUUCAAGAACUGUAGGCGGAAAUAACAUUGUUAAGGAGACAACGUCUAGCUCUCCUCCUUACACGGUAAAAAAACAAAUGGAGACUUUUUAUUACAAAGAGUGACGUAUGAGUUUGCUCAUGUACCUUCGGGAUAUCAACAGCAAAUGGUUACCUUGAACACGUGAAGACACAAUUACAGCACAAACAAACCUCAACGCGGUACCCCAGAAAGAUUCAACAUGCGUUUUAAUAACAGAAUGGACAUUGGACCAGAACAUUUGUUUUCUACGUGUUAAAAGCUAGAGUUGAAUUGGAUAAGUUGGAUAGUUUAAGUGGUGUAGCUGCCAAUACGUCUGUAUUUUUAGAUUACCAAUGCAUUUGUCUCUUUAACUAAUAGUGACUAACCAUGGGACAUGGAUAUGACAUUAUAUGAUAUUCAGUUUGGAUGGAUGCUUUGGUAUUGGUUUAGAUCUAUCCCAGUUCAACCCUUAUGUCUCCAAAAUGGGCGUAAUCGUUUUUGGAGCACCUUUCUCCACGAAGGGAUGGGAAUACAACUAUUUUUUCCAUCAUCUCAGGCUAGGGUCGAGUAAAACAAUGAACAUGUGCUCCAAAUGUUUUGCUGAUAUUCAGAAAAAGCAGCCAGAGGAGGACUGCACUCCUCAGCCCAUCCAAAGCUCGGGGAGUAGCCAAUCGCCUGUCUUCAGUAGUGAGACGAGCAGUAGCAGUAGCCAAUCCCUGUUGUCGAGCCUGCCCUCCAGCUCCGAGCAACUGUCAACCGAAGAAUCCUCGUCCACAUGCCCUGCCGCCAGGGAAGGACCAUCCAGCACAGAAACAGCCCAGGGCACCCUCUGCACACCCACAAAACGUCCUCGGGAAUCAGCGUCGGGCAGCGAGAGCGAGGCCACCCCGGAGAAGCGGCCCCGGACCGAGGGAAAGGAGGACGCCGGGGAGGAGCCCCCCCGCGGGGGCCCCAAGCAGAAGAACCGCCGGCGCUGCUACAGCUGUCAAACCAAACUAGAGCUGGUGCAGCAGGAACUGGGCUCCUGUCGCUGUGGCUACGUCUUCUGCAUGCUGCACCGCCUGCCCGAGCAGCACAACUGCCUGUUUGACCACCUGGGGCGCGGCCGCGAGGAGGCGGUCCUCAAGAUGGUGAAGCUGGACCGCAAGGUGGGCCGCUCGUGCCAACGCAUCGGAGAGGAGUGCUCCUGAUUGGCCACGCCGGUGACCCAGCCAUCCAAUCGGAGUGUACGGCGCUUAGUAGAGGGAGGAGGAGGAAGAGGAGGAGGACUAAUGGGAAAAAGUGGGAGGGGAGGGAGGGGGGAGGGGAAGGAGAGAGGGGAGGGGAGGGGGGGGGGGGGGGGGGAUCAUGCUUGAUCAACAGUUUGACCUGAAAUUUUUGGACCUGAGCUCGUUCAUAGUUCUGUUGAUGUCCCCGAUUUCCUGCAUAGGAAGACUUUGGACUAAGACCGCGCCCUCCCUCGGGGGAGGGGGGGGCCAACUCGGGACGACCACCGCCCGCUGUUGUUGUUGUUGUUGUUGUGGAGCCACGUUCAGUAUCGCAUGUCGGCAAACACAGCCUUAACCCCCCCCAACGCCCACCGCCGUCCCAACCCGUCCCCCAGCACAGCCCCUUUCGGACGGAGGGGGUGAGGGAGGGGCUUGGGGGGGUCUUGCAGGAUGUUUUGCACGGCCCUGCUGGUUUCAUCUGACCGGAGCUCCACCCAGCUCCACCACCACCACCCGGUUGACUAGUCCCUCAGGGCGCUAUAAUACUACUACUACCACCACGCCCUGUCCCAUGGCCACACCUCAGGUUGUCAUUAAAAAGCCCUUUUCUACAGUUCUCUCAAGCUAACGCUAAUAGUGCGUUGUUGACUCACGGGGGCUAGCGAUGCAGCAGUGCGCGCGCGUCGGUUGGUCGAGGCUGCCAUUGGGUUGAAGACUUCUGUUGUUAUAAUUACUACACCCCCUGUUUUUGUUACUUCCAUGAGGACGUGAAAUUGGGUCUGUCAUUUUUAAAUCUUUUUCCGCAAACGCGUGGACACUAACACAGCCCGGUGGAUAGGACGCAAGCCUCACUGUAGCGGGUCUCGUACUCCAUGUUCAAAGCUCAACUCUUAAGAUGUUCUUAAAACUGGAGGGAAAUACCACUCAAUGUAAAGUCAGGGCCAAGGCUCUACACUUAUUUAGAUGGAAUGUGCGGUUUUUCAGAUAUGCUGUCAUUUUAGUUAAUCGCGGAAAAAACUGCUUCAUACUACAUUUGGGCUACUGCCGUUGUUUAGGUUAAAGGGAAAUGUAAUGAUCGUACCAUGUUAUGUCACAAUUACAUGCCGAAUAUUUGAAGGUCGUGUCAAACAUAAUUUGUGUUUUGUCUCCAAUCGGUUCCCAUGAGGACAAACAUCAACUACUACUCCCACAGAAUAGUCCUCCUUGAAUUGAGUGGUAUUUUCCCCCACUUUUUAUUUUAUUUUGAAAUUCUUUGAUAUUUAACUGCUUUAACUUUGUGCUGGUCAUACUGGUCACUUUUUCGACUUCAAGUUUCUUAAAUGGGAUUUUCCAGCAAGACUCACUUUGAAUUUCUGCCUCACAAGAUGAUGUACCCUACUAAAACGGGUAUUUAGCUUAAUGAAAAAAAUAAUACUUUUGUUUAAUUUUGGGUUGAAAAUAUCACCUUCAAUCAUUGCAUUCAGUGAUAUUAUUUAUUGUAUUUCUUACAAUUCCAAAUUGGGAUGACUUAUUUUCUUGUUUAUGAUUAUUAUUAUGAAAUUGGCAAAUUUGAUAGUUGAUUCUGGUUGGAGUUCCCUUUUAAGUCUGUGACAUGUCUGGGCUUGAAAUUCAUGACCCUCUCUCUACCCUGUUGACUCAUCCUCUUUCUCUUUCUCUCUCCCACCGUCUGUCCAAUAAGAACACAGCAAAGAAAGAUGCGUUUGCGAUUUGGAUAUAUAUAGCGGCUGGUUCUUAAUCUUUUUUUGGGGAGGGGUGUGUGGGUUGGGGGUUUGUUGUCCCUUUUUUGAGUGCUAAUAAGACGUGCAAGACAUUGAAUAUCUUUCUGUACCUUUUUAAAGAAAAUUAUUUAACCUUAUAUCAGUUUGAGUUACUUACACCCUAGUAUAGAGUGACAUAUUUAGUUCAAUGUAUAAAAAAAACACAUAAUUCUGUCCUAUUUUUCUUUUUAAUUUUAUUGUGUUCCAUUUUGCUGAUAAGGACAAAUAAACUGGAUUAGAGAAU